CGUGCUUUUCAGCCAGCCGCUAAAAGGAGGUACGUAGCCGCGUCGGUGCAGCGGGCGAUUCAUCGGGGAGGAGCUUGCAGCCGCGCUAAAGACGCAGCGAGAAAGCGAGGCGCGAAACGCUGCCGCCGCGGCUCCAAAAGGCUUAUUGACCGAGGGCCGCACCCCCCGCAGGUUGGACGUAAAGAUGCUGUCCGCAGCGGCGCGGAGUGCGCGGCGGGUGUCGCAGGUCGCGGCGCGACAUGCCUCGUCCCAGGGCAAGAUCGUCUCCGUCAUCGGCGCGGUCGUCGACGUGCAAUUCACCGGCGCCCUGCCCCCCAUCCUCAACGCGCUCGACGCGAAGAUGCCCGGCGGCGAACGACUCGUGCUGGAGGUCGCCCAGCACCUCGGCGAGAACACGGUGCGGACCAUUGCCAUGGACGCUACUGAGGGAUUAGUUAGAGGCCAGGACAUCGUGGACACGGGCGCUCCCAUUUCGAUUCCGGUCGGUCCUGAGUGCUUAGGAAGAAUUGUCAACGUCAUCGGCGACGCCGUCGACGACGCGGGCCCGGUGAAGACGAAGCAGCAGUUCCCCAUCCAUAGAGCGCCUCCGACGUUCGUCGAGCAGGGCAAGACGCAAGAAAUCCUGACCACGGGCAUCAAGGUUGUGGACCUGUUAGCCCCCUACGCGAAGGGCGGCAAGAUCGGGUUGUUUGGAGGCGCCGGCGUCGGCAAGACGGUCGUGAUCAUGGAGCUCAUCAACAACAUUGCCACCAAUCAUGGAGGGUAUUCCGUCUUUGCUGGAGUGGGAGAACGUACGAGAGAAGGUAAUGACCUCUACCACGAGAUGAUCGAGGGCGGCGUCAUCAAGAUUGGGGAAGGCCACGACACGACGGGCAGCAAGGCCGCUCUCGUGUACGGUCAGAUGAACGAGCCCCCGGGUGCUCGCGCGCGCGUCGCGCUGACGGGUUUGACGAUCGCCGAGUACUUCCGCGACGAGGAGGGCCAGGACGUGCUCUUCUUCGUGGACAACAUCUUCCGCUUCACGCAGGCCGGCGCGGAAGUGUCGGCGCUCUUAGGUCGCAUCCCGUCCGCGGUCGGCUACCAGCCCACGUUAGCUACGGACAUGGGCGGCUUGCAGGAGCGCAUCACGUCGACCACGAAAGGUAGUAUUACGUCGGUGCAGGCCGUCUACGUCCCGGCGGACGACCUGACGGAUCCCGCCCCCGCGACGACCUUCGCGCACUUGGACGCGCAGACCGUGCUCUCGCGCGACAUCGCUUCCCUGGGCAUCUACCCCGCCGUCGACCCCCUCGACUCCUCAAGCAGAAUGAUGGACCCGCGCAUCGUCGGCGACGAGCACUACUCGGUCGCCCGUAGUGUCCAGAAGCUGCUCCAGGACUACAAGUCGCUGCAGGACAUCAUCGCCAUCCUCGGCAUGGACGAGCUGUCCGAGGACGACAAGCUGACGGUCGCGCGCGCCCGAAAGGUGUCCAAGUUCCUCUCGCAGCCGUUCUCCGUCGCGGAGAUCUUCACGGGCUUCGCCGGCAAGUUCGUGCCCCUCGAGACGGCCAUCAAGGACUUCGGCGAGGUCCUCAACGGCGACUACGACGACCUCCCCGAGGCCGCCUUCUACAUGGUCGGCGGCAUCGACGACGUCGUCGAGAAGGCGAAGACCCUCUAGAAAGGCGCCCCCGUCCCCCCUAUCGCCGUCUUUCCCGAGACCACCUAAUAUAUAUAUAUUCCA